GUUUGCUCUCCACAGUCCACACCCAACACAAAACAACAAAAACCCACCAGCGAGCAAAUCAAGAAUGAUGAACUUUUCUUACCAUAAUACCCCUCUCCCCAUCCUCCUCCUCCUUCUCCUCCUCCUAUUUGCAGCACCAAUAACAGCCGCUGCAUCUCACAAUAAGUCGUCGUCCCACUCUCUGUUCCGGGAAUACAUCGGCGCCGAGUUCAAGAACGUCAAGCUCUCCGACGUGCCCGUAAACCCGAACGUCGACCACUUCCACUUCAUCCUCUCCUUCGCCAUCGACUACACCACCUCCUCCUCCUCCCCCUCUCCCACCAACGGCAAAUUCAACGUCUUCUGGGACUCCGAAAAUCUCUCCCCCUCCCGCGUCUCCGCCGUCAAGUCCAAACACCGCAACGUCAAGGUCGCCGUGAGCCUUGGCGGCGACACCGUGGGGAAAGGAAACCCGGCCCGCUUCGCCCCCACAUCGAUCACCUCUUGGGUCUCAAAUGCAGUAACAUCCCUCACACGCCUUUCCAGGUGAUACAAAUUAAUAACAAUCAGUCUUAUUGAAUAAUAUGUGAAUUUGCACUAAAUUAUAACACUAUGUUGGGGAAGCACGGAACAAAACACAACAGAAGCAAUAUAAAAUCUUUUCCCCAAAUUAAUGAGAUGAAUAACAAGCACAAUAAACUCUGAAAAAAUCAGCAGCACACACACAAAUAAAUGGCAGCGAUAAUAAAGUAGAUGACACACGAUUUACGUGGAAACCCCAAAUCGGGGAGAAAACCACGGCCGCUCAACAACGGCUCCCAAACUUCCACUAAUCACCAAGAAUCAAGUGGGUACAACAAGUUCUCCUCUCUAGUAAACACUAGAGGCAUACACAAUCAUCAAGGAGCAACCUUGGAACAACAACAAUCAACAAUUCACCAUAAAAUGGAGUAAAAACUCCCAAAAACGCAGGUCUGAAAACGCAGCUAGAAAACAACCUUCCGGGCAUCAAAAUGAAAAUAUGACCGUUGG